AUGACCACAGGCGCCUCUACUGAGGCUACCACCACGGGCUACGCUCCCAACGAGUCGCGAAGAGCAGCUGCAUUGCCUUCUCGCAUGGACGAGCCUUUCGCCAGACAGCAACGACUACAGGAACGAGAUCCAUGGGCGGCCUCACGUCCACCUCCAAAUCCUACCUACGCGCACACCUAUCCAGGCUCAGUCCCGACCGUCUCCCAGCCCAUGUCGAACUUCACAGCACCGCCGGGCCUGUCGACGACGAACARUCGUGGUACGGCGACAUAUCCACCAUUCUCUAACACGCAAGCACAGCGCUGGGCACGCGAAGAGUGGUCCAGUCGACCUGCUGCACCAUACCAGGACAUUCCCCUGCUCGCCGGCUGGGCAACGUCCCCACUUUCGGGGCAAUUCGCCACCUCGCACACUCCCAUGCCUCAGGAAGGCAACCGCAGUCCUCGCUCUGGCUAUGCCCCAUUUCAGGGCAACUGGUCAGGACAGCAGAUCCGGCGUACUUCCUCGGAAGAGGCGCGAAUGGGUCUUGGUGGUGGGUAUUUCCCAGGCGACGCCAACUCCAGUACGGCGAGCCUACAAGCAAAGGCUUUUCCGCAAAGGCGACCGUCCAACAGAGACGAGUUCGAUGGCCCUUCGCAGCUCCUCGACAAGCCAGACGAUCAAGGCUUCGAGCCCAAGGAAGAAGAUCUUCCUCAAUUGCCAAUCACUUUGUACGCCCAGGAGCAAGAUGACAUCCUGUCAAAAGUCAACGACAGGCUCUCCCAGUGUUCUUUCGACUUUGUCGCCAAAUACCAGUUUCCUAUCCCCAUCGAACCAGACAAGCGACCCGUCCGUGUACCCGGUGACCGAGAAUGGUCGGAGUGGGUAUAUCUGCUCAAGCGAUUAGCAACGAAGCGCCGCAUCCCAGCGCGCGUGCUUUACAAUGGCCAGAUCAAGCAACUCAUUACAAUCCUAGAGAACAGCCUGGAGAUGAGGCAUGCGGCCAAGCAUCAGUCUCGGCCCCUCAAGGACGACAGGAACAUUCUCCAGCUCAUCAGCUCAGGUCUCCAGGUCGCGAAGAUCCUCAAGGACGCGCCGGCCAUGCAAACACUGGACAGCCUGUACAUUCAAACCGAAAGACUCAUUCAGAGUCGCAGAGGUCCUACUCCUUCUGCGUCGUCGUACAAUCAUCACCAGUCGAUCUGA